CCGUGACCAAGACCAAGUGCUGGAUGCUGAUAAACACUGACAGCCCGCCCGCCCCGCCCGCCCUCGCUCUUUCAGCGUCGCCACCAUGGACAGGGCGCAGAGAGGCUUACUGGAGAGGCGGCUGCACCACAAGAGGCUGUACAAGAACGCGCGCGGCAAGACACCCCCGUGGAAGGAUGUGUACCGCGAGCGAUGCAAGGAGCGGCUGCGGUCCAGCAGGUCACAGCUGGUGGACCGCUUCCGUGCAGCCGGGGACACCAUCAACCACAAUAACAACAGCCUGCAAACAGCCAUGAGGGUGCAGGAUGUCAUGGAGGUGGAGUGGGUUGCCAUGAGUCCUGACAGUGGCUUUCCUCUAGCAAGUGAAGAUGACCCACAAGAAGAUGAGCAGACACUCCUAGAGCUUAUGGAGGAGAUCCAGCAAGAGCUCAUGUCAGAGGAGGAGCAGACAAUGAUGGAUGUCCUCAAGUUUGACACAGCUGCUCUAGCCAGUCAAGUAGCUCUCCAGGCUGAGGAGGUUAUUUGCCCAAUAUGUCAAGUUCAGGGAUUGCAGGAAACGGUGAACAAGUCUGCACCGCCUGCAUCUGUCUCUGGUGAUGGUCCUACGUCAAACCUUUUAGUGUGUGGCUGUGGCUUAGCACUGCAGGGGGCCAACCUUACGCUAAAUACAGUCAAGUCAAGCUUGGAGAAUACACUGUCCCACCACGGCCAGGCCUGCAUUGGGAGGAUGUCCUUUACUUCCACCACAGACACUCAAGGUGCUAAUGUCCUUAUUACAUGUAGUCUCUGUGACUGGAUGUCCUUCCUUUUGUAAGGUGUGCAUUCCCACAUCCAGGUCAUUUUAGCCUGUGUUCAGGGGCCUGCUGUUUCAUAUCAUGUAUGUUUAAGGGGUUUGCUUUGGAGGCUGGUUUAAUAUUAGAGAUGAUGUGAGUAUAGCAGGCAUAAAGGGAGGAAACAAUUAUUGUACUUCAGUAUAUUCUUGAUGGUAAUGUUACUUUCUGUGCAUCAUUCUUAACUAUGAAUGUACAGUUCAAAAGAUAUACUGCAUUUCAUGCUGUUGCUUGAAUUAGUGAUUGCAGAAUUUAGAGAUAAAUUCAUGCAACAGUGACUUUAAAAGGAUUUAGCUUCAUUUUGAUUAUUCAUGUGACAGCUUGAAUGUUAAUGUUAACUUUAGUUGCUCAAGUUUUGUUCACAAGAGAAGAAUGAAAAUGAUGCCUUGAGUUAUAGAAAACAAAGAUUAUUAGCAUGAUUAGCAAAUAUACAGUAAAGAUUUAUUUUUCAAGAUAAAUUUGAAUACAAGAGACAGACUUAGACUUGUUGACAGAGCUCUUGAAAAGUUUCAUUUCACGUAACUGAAAUUGAAGGUUUAAUCAUAAAAAAAUAUUAGGUUUAGGGGUUGUGAUAAUAUAGCUGUAAUUGAUUAUAUGUCUUGUGAUGAAUAAUUUUAAUUUGCAUAAUAAUUUAACUCUUAAAGAUUGAAGCUGAUCAAAUGAUCUUGGAUCUGUUCCAAUUUAGUAAUGUGAAUUGAAACUUACCAAGUACAACCAAGAUCUAGUCCAUUCCCUAUUCCUAAAUCAUGAUUUAGCCAAAUACUUCCAUGUGAUGCCUGACAAAGCUCUCUAGAAAUUAAAUGAUUAAGUAAAUUAUUACCUGUGUGAUGGAUGACAAAGGUGCUGUUAACAGUGAAUGUUGUGUAUGGCAUUGUUACCAUUGUAAUUUUAGUGAUGAAAAGAAUAUUGUAACUUUGAAUACGUAAUGAACUAGAGGCGCAGAGUCAGGACUAUAUAGUGUUUGUGGCUGGGUCGAAACUGAUGUCAGGGUCCAGGAAGACACAACCUGAAUGUUGCAUGAAUGCCUAGUGUGGGCCUCUUCCCAGGCCAGUCUUUCCAGUUAUGUUCUUUUCACCUCCCAUCCUGAAUAUCCCAGAAAUAUUCUUUUGUGAUUUUUUUUUUGUGUGUGUGGAUGGCAAUGUUUUAAUUCAUGUUUAACAGUCACCAGUGAAGGGAGAGGUGAAUUCAGUGCUUUGAUUUUAGUGCUAAAUUUCCAGCUUGUAAUAUUUCCAUAUGUCGGUGGUGUUCCAGUUUGAUUCUGGAAGUUAGGUUCAUUCAUUCACGACUUGCAACUUCUUACUAUAUCCACUGCAUCCACAUUGACCAUGAUUGCAUAUAAAUAUUUUUUUAUUGUUAAGCCAAGUGUACUAGCUGGAACUCAGCCUGUUACAAUAAAUGAAUUUCUGAAUUUUCAGCUUGGCAAAUCUUGCAUGUUUGUGAAGGUAAAGAAAAUGGCCUGAAAAAUGACUCAAUAAAUCAAAUAUAUUAUUAAGACUAAUUGAAUAAUGAUGCUAGCCAUGAUCCCAUUUUCUGCCAGUGCAAAGCAAGGAGCAAGAAUGGCCUCAUAUGACAAAAAUGAAUAAAUAAAGGAUAAAAAGCACUCAUCAGAAUUGGGACCACUCAGUUGAAAGGGCUGCUUUGCACAUUGACCCACACUAUUAUCCAGAGUCCAAUAAAAUAUAUAAAUGAAAUAGUCUGUAAUCCAAACUGACAUCUUGCACUCAGUCUUAGAAUGGCAGUGGCAUUCAGGAUAUAAAGAGGUGCAACUUGCCAAGUGUCUGUCCCUUGAGCUUGAUCCAUUCCUUCCUCAGUUGUCACUUUUUAUCAUGAGCAUUAUCUUCCAAAAAGGAGGAACGGAAAGUCAAAAUAAUCAUUUGAUAAUUUUUACUUAUAGGCCAAAAUCAUUGACAGACCCAUUCUUGAAUCUCCACUUCCUGUGUAGAUAUAACUACACACAUCUUUUUUUAGCUCAUCAUUUGACAUCUUUCUUCUACCCCAUGAUCUCCAAAGAGGUUCCUUAUCAUCCUUAUCACAUCUAUUUUCACUGCUCUCAUUCUUGAUAUCUUUUGCUUGUGGCAGUAAAUGUUUGGCACCCAUAAAGCAGGGUGAGUUUCAGUACCAAGAUUCCUUCAUGAUGGUAAAGACCCCCUAGAAAGAGCUGCUUGUGAAUGUAAGGGUUGUAUUUUUUUAACAAUUGGGGGAGGGCGUGUUCAGGCAUGUUGUAAUGCCUACGGUUCCAUGAGUCAGUGUAAGAGGUUAGUUGAAGAGGAAUCACUAUAGUCGGUUCACCCGAAACUGAAGUGUGCAUUAUCACGCAACGGCAACCUGCAGCCACACGGCGUGUCCAAUUUUGUGGAUACUGUAUGCUAGCCCACGCAUAGUAAACAGUCGUCAGUGUCAAUAAUAUGCAGGCAGUAAUACCAAAUACCAUCAAUUAUAGUCGAUUAUGAGUUACAAAAAUAUUAGUAAUGUCACAAAUAGCUGUUUUAUUAAUAUAAACCCUGCUAAUUUUAUCAGUGGUGAACAGCUUCAAGGCUGUUUAAUAAUCAUAAUCAAUGAUCUUGUAAAUUAACAAAACAGAUAUUUGUGACAUUACUAAUAUUUUUAACUCAUAAUUGACUAUAAUUGACGGUAUUUGUUAUUGCUGCCUGCAUAUUAUUGACACUGAUGACUGCCUACUAUGCACAGGCUAGCAUACAGUAUCCAUGAAGUCAGAUGAGCCGUGUGGCUGCAGGUUGCCGUUGCGCGAUAAUGCUCACUUCAGACUCAGGUGAACCAACUAUAACUAAUAUUGAAGUAGGAGUUGGAGCUCAUAAGGUGAUAGAAGAGCUGAACUUUCUUUUAUUCAUAAGUAUACAAAGUGAUUGAUAUGUUUUCAAGGUGAGGAGAAAAUUAGGGCAAGCACUUUGCUUGGGUUAUGGAGCAGGAAUUCAGUACAGGAGUAUCCACAAGAGCAUAAAGCAAUUAAAUUUAUUCUGCAUCAGGUAAUUACAUUGGUAUACAUUAAUUGUUUGGAACCCAGCACACACACACACACACACAUUCAUGUUUUUUGAGUGUGGUUCCUCACUGUCAUGAAAAACAGACCUCUGUAAUGCAGUGGUUCUCAGGUUUGGCUCUCGUAAAUGAGAGGUCCCAGGUUCAAUUCCUGGGCAAAGUGAAGACGGGGGAUGGUUAGUCUAAUCCGUGUCUCGUGUCCAUUCAGCGGUGAAUGAGUACUGGGUGUCAGACGGGGUUUGUGUCCCGCAUCCUGGGUGUGUGUGGGUGUGAUGGGAGGUCCCAGUCAUACCCAAAGAUCCAUGAAUGUGUAGCCCCAAGCUCAAAAGGAGGAGGGUACUGGGUGGUGAUCACCAGUCCAGCAUGUGAUCAGACCAUGAUGAAUGAGAUUUUUGAGCGAGUUUGUGGUCCCUCACAUAAGAAAUGGAAUGGUGUUAAUGAAGAUGAACGUUAGUCUAUUGGGUUGUUGGGUGAUAUUUGAUAAUACAACUGAUACUAAGCAGUUUACAUGUUAAAUUGGUGAGUGUGACAAGUUUGUCUGGUGCCUAUAACAGUUUCUGCCUUUGGAUAAUGAAAUACAUAGACAACCAUUUCAGUAGAGUACGUGCCAUUUUCUACCUGUACACUAAUUACAGUAUUAUAAUAGUUUAUAUUUUCACUGUUCUUUCACAGUUAUAAAAACUUGCAUUGUAAAGAUAUUA